AUGACGCAAACACUCCAGGCGAUUACGUUCAAAGGAAGUGUUGCCAUUAUCACGGAGUUUCUUGGAUUUGCAAUAUACAGUAUUCUUUACCAACGAGGUGUCUAUCCAGAAGAAGAUUUCAAACGAGUUACCAAAUAUGGUGUUCCUCUAAUGAUAUCUACAGAUAAGGAUCUCAACGGAUAUCUUGCAGAAAUUCUACAGCAAAUAGCCACUUGGAUAGCUACAGAUAAAGUUCGAAAACUGGUCUUAACAGUGGCAAAUGCAGAUGAUAAUAUGGUAGUGGAACGAUGGGUAUUUGAUAUUAUAGUAGAAAGUAUUAAUGACAAAAACAGUAAUAAAAAGUCUGAAGAGGAGAUUCGUCGUGAAAUUCAAGCAGUUAUUCGGCAAAUAACAGCCUCAGUGGCGUAUCUUCCACUUUUGCAGAAGUAUUGCGUUUUUGAUCUCUUAGUAUAUACAGAGUUGGAUACGGAGCUUCCAUCUGGUACGUGGGAAAUUAGUGAUCCACGUUUGAUUCCAAAUAGUAGUGAGGUGAAACUACGUUCUUUCUCUACCAGUUUUCACCGUCUGAAUGCAUCUGUAACGUACCGAGAGGAUGGACUCUCAUAA